AUGGGAGUUCCUAUGGGAAGCCCAAUUUCGGGGCUCCUAUGUGAAAUGGUAAUUAGAAAAGUUGAAGAAAAAGUUGCACAUAGCUUCAGGAGUAAUAUUGUUUACUACAUGAGAUAUGUUGAUGACAUUUUUAUAAUAUGGAAAAACAAUAGAGGAAUUAGUAACUUUAUAGAAAGUAUCAACAACAACGAAGAUGGCCUAAAUCUGAAGCUAGAACAAAAAAGUUCCAUAGUUAUACAUUUCUUAGACAUCAAUAUCGUCUUUAAGAAUAGGCAUAUAUCCACCAAUGUGUAUACCAAACCUACACAUAGCCCACUCGAUAUCCCCGCACAUUCUAAUGAUCCAUUUUGUUAUAAAUUGGCUGCAUUUCGUGCCUUAGUUAUAAGGGCCUUUUUAUAUUGCGGCAAUAUUAUGGACAGAGACAAAGAAAUCGACAGGAUUAAACGGAUGGCAGAAUCCUUAGGCUACAGGAAAAACAUAAUUGCCGGCAUUGUUAAAAACUUUGAGAUAAAAGAUACAAAGACCUAG